CGGUGCCUGCAUCUGCUGCUUCAGGGGGGUAAUAAGCCGAGUAGCAGAGGGGCAGGCAAGCUAAACAUUAUCUGGGAGACAGACAGGUGUCGCGGAAGUUUACACGCGCAGAGGCGCAUCCCUCCACGUCUUUUUGUUGUUGUUGUCAUUAUCUGGGAUAACGUGAAAGAGACUGUAACUGGCGGUCAUCCGGCACCCACUGAUCCCGUGGUUGUCUCAGCCUCGGCCCCCAGAGCAGCAUCGCCUGUGCCUCUCCUCGUCCUCCCGUCUUGGACCAGCAGCUCAGCGUGGCGAGGCCAGGAAGGAUGGGCAGGAAGCUGGACCUGUCGGGCCUGACUGACGAUGAGGCGGAGCACGUCUUGAAAGUUGUCCAGCGGGACAUGAAGCUGCGAAAGAAUGAGGAGGAGAGGCUGAGUGAUAUGAAGCAGGAGCUGGCGGAGGAAGGCAGCAGAUGCUCCAUCCUCUCCAAGCAGCACCGCUUCAACGAGCACUGCUGCAUCCGCUGCUGUGCGCCCUUCACCUUCCUGCUCAACCCCAAGCGGCUGUGCUUGGACUGCCAGUACAACGUCUGCAAGACCUGCUGCACCUACAGCAAGAGGGAGAAAGUCUGGCUCUGCACCGCAUGCCAGAAGGGCAGGAUUUUAAGGACACAGUCGCUUGAAUGGUACUAUAACAACGUGAAGGGUCGCUUCAAGAGGUUCGGCAGCGCCAAGGUUUUGAAGACUCUGUAUAGAAAGCACAUUAUAGAGAGAGGAGCGCUCUCUGAUCUCCCAGAAAGCAGCGUUCACGAGGGAAGCAACGACAACGAUGGCAGCAUCUGUGGCAGCGACUCCGCCUUCUACAAACAGAGUGAAGGACACAGUAUGGCAGAGACGCUCACAGUCGCCCUGCGUGUUGCUGAGGAGGCUAUAGAGGAGGCCAUCGCUAAGGCAGAGGAGUUCAGUGACAGCUUGGAGAAGCAGAAUGAGGCUCGGUAUCUGCAGGACCACAAAGAGGAGCUCAUAGAGGAACUUGCCACAACAAUUGUACAAAAGAUCAUCCAGAGGAGGAAGCGUUCAGAAAUGCAGACAGAGUAUGACUUUGUCUGGGCUCAGUCUUUGAUCCAGCCCAGUGAACUCCCCUCUCCGUCUCAGCCCCAAGCUGCUUCCAUAGGACCACAGGACCCCCUCAAAACCUCCUACUCUCUCUGGCGGUCACGGUCAGCGUUCUCCCUCACCAGUGACGACUCCCCGGAGAAGGGUCCAGAGGAGGAGGAGGGGGCCGGGGCAGGCGGUGGCUUGCAGGAGUACGCGUCUCUGAAGAGGGAGGGCAAGGCCACGUCCCUACCUACCUGGAAGAGUGUCGACCGCCUGGACAACUCCAGUGCAUCCUCAAUGCUCCAGAGCCCAGACGGUAACUGGAUCGCUCUGCACAGCUCUCAGCUGUCUCGGCCCAGCCUGCUAACCAAGAGGAAGAGCCUGGUGUUCAGUGUGUUGGAAAAGGAGUCCGGGGUCGUGUCGGCUUACGACGAGAUGGGAUCCGAUUCCGAGGAGAACGACGAAGGCGGCUGGGGUGCAGCGCUGCGACAGUUCCGGUGCAAGCUGUCCGAUGAGACUUACUACACGGACUCGCAGCACGACCCGGAGUGGACGUACACCCAGCACCUUCCCAUCACCUCGCCGUCCUCUGGCCAGUACACCAACACAGAGACUCUCAACUCAGACUCUGAGGCCUCAUCCGUGCUGUCGGCAUGUCCUCGCAAACCGCCUCACAACCUGCUGAGGAGGAAAGGGCCGCCGGACACACACCUGCACCCUCAUCACCAGCCGCUCUACCACCAACACCUUCACCAGAACUUCUCUGCCUACCCACUCCACUCAGAGGCACUGGACGUCAACUUUAACCCCAAGGUGAUGGGAGACAGCAGCGAGGCUGAGGAGAGGCAGAGCGAUCCGGUCAGAAGAUCACGGCGACGCAGGAAAAGCAAGAGAGAGUCGUCUACAGAGCAGAGCAAACCCGGAGGCCAGAGCUACACACAGUCAAUCUACCCAUUAGCGCAGGAGAACAGUGGUUGUCUACUCAAUGCCCUUCUCAAGAGGGGUUUAAGUCAGGAAGAGUCCGUACCUGACACUAUGCCAGUGGCCACAGCUGCAACAGACGCCUUCGAAUUAGAUGCCAUGACACCCGAGCCAGAGGACUUGGACACAGUGGCCCCAAAUUCACUGGCCCCCAGCCCUUCAAAGCCCCAGUCUCUGGCUCCGGGGUCCCAGCACUCGCCCAGCAGCUCAGGGCCAGGAGACCCUCUGGAAGAGGAGCUACGAUCCAGACUCAGCCAGCUCGUCAGCCGCGCCAAAAGCAAAGACAGCAGCUCAUCUGAGGAGGAGUGCACAAAGCGGCCCGCGGACAAACAGACGGAUAAAGAGAGCGACGGACAGAGAGAGAAGACAAGGCCAAAAGACACUGAAAGAGAAAGGCAGAAGGGAAGCGACAGAUUAAGAGACAGGACCAGCGGUAAGGAAAUAGAGAAAGCAAUUGAAACAGUGGAACAAGUGAACGGACAAGAGGUGAAAAGAAGUGAGAGACUAAUAAAGAGUCCUUCAGUGAGAGAGGAAGGAAGAGUUAGGGAGAGGAGGUUAGAGAUGGGAGUGGAGUGUUUGGAAGAGAGUGCAGAUGACCAGGAGCAAAAGAGAGGAGAUAAGAGAGAGCCGCACAGGCAAAGUAAGAGACAACAUAAAAGAGAUGUGAAGAAAGAGACGGGACAGAAAGGGGGAGCAAGAUGGAGUGGAUCCAGCACAAGUUCCCCUGCUGUUACACCUUCUUCCCAGGAGGGGGUGCUCUCAGACAACCAGGAGGGACAGAAUGAUUUGGAGCAACAGCAGAGGCUUCAGUUGCUCUCCUCUCUCUUACAGCAGCAGAAGUACUCGGCGGCCUCUCUCUGCAGCAUCACCACCGAGGUGCUGAAGGUGUUGAACGCUACAGAGGAGCUGAUCGGUGAGGCAGGAGGCGAGAGCUACACCCCAUCUGAGUCCAUGAGUGCUUCUCCCAUCUCCAACAGUUCCGAGACCCGCAAGCUGGACCAGAGGCUGACCAAGAUGGAGGAGAAUGUGUACCUGGCUGCUGGUGCCGUGUACGGGCUUGAGGGGGCGCUGGGGGACCUGGAGCAUUGUGCCCGCGAUAUUAAGAGUGGCACCACAGACACAGAGCUGGCCUUCCUGGAGGACCAGGUGGCCACCGCAGCUGCUCAGGUUCAGCAGUCUGAACUACAGAUUUCAAACAUCGAGGCUAGGAUAUCAGCUCUGAAGACAGCUGGGUUGAAUGUGACUGUCUGCAAUCAUUUCUCCAAGUUCAAGCCAAAGGCUAAGCCUCAAACCCUGGACUCAUCACGCCAUCAAAGGAGGAAGCUUCCAGCCCCUCCACUGAAAGAAAAGUUGGAGCCCGAGCAGCAGGUUAAAGUGUUUCGGCCAUAGUUACAGUCAGCAGCACAACGAGUCCCUCAGGGGCCGCUUUCAGAGCCCCAGGGACGGGGGCCCAUCUCAUCCAGUGCCUUGACCCAGUGUCCGCCCCCAGCUCCAGGCCAAGCAGGGGCCAACACCUGCCCUGUAUGACCUACCAAGCACUCAGCCCUCAGCCCAGGCACGGUACCCCAUCAGUCAAAUGCCUCACAGAAGGGAUGACUGUCUCUUUCCUCUUCAUUCUCCAUUUUCUCCUCCUCCCCACGCACAUAAUAUCAAGCAAGGAUGACUCAACAGUCUGUGCCUCUGCCUUAAACAUCUGCAAACACUGCUCAUGACCCAACUGAAAAAGAAUAUCUGUACAGACAAAAAUAACUCUAAUUUCCUUUUUUCUAUCUGUUUGCAAGAGUAUUGUGAUUUACUGUUUAAUGAAGACGUGGAAAAAUCAUGUGAAACUUUCUGUGAUUCAGUGUCCCAAAAAGAGGCUGAGCCGUGUUUUAUACUGCAUCUUCAAUGAAAUGUCACGAGGAAUCUCAUCAUACUGUCAGCCCCUUCAGAAAUCUUUUGGGUGAUUCUGCAUUUUCACACACACACACACACACACACACACACACACACACACACAGCCAGCAGAUGGUAAUCGUCAUUUGGGGAACUAUGUUGCACCUUUUGCCAUUUUAAUCAUUUUAAGGAUUAAUUUACAUAUCAGAGAAUGAGUGUUUAGAUACACAAAGUAUUGGGGCCAAAAUAUUUUUAGCUAGAUGGCAAUAAUGGAACACAAAGCACACUUGAGAACUUUGUCAACAGCCUCAGAGAAAUAGGCAGAGGAAUAAUUUUGGCUUAGUUUUUUUGCCAAGAGUUACAGGAGAAGAACGAUACCACAGUGAUGUCUUCACAGUGAAUAUGUAGCCUGUUAGCUUAGCUUAGCAUAACGGCUGGAAACGAUAGGAAAACAGCUAGCUUGACUUUGUUCAAAUAGGUAGAAAUAUUAGCCAAGCAGCACUUCUAAAGCUCACUGAUUAACCUAUACAUUGUUUUUGUUUAAACUGUACAAAAAGGCCGAUAUUGUUACCUUCAGAGAGAGCCAGGCUAGCUGUUUCCUCUUAUUUCAGUCUUUAAGUCUUUCAGCUAAGCUAGUCAGCAGUAUUUUUAGGGUAGCCCACAGACACAAGAGGGGCAUCAAUUUUAUCAUCUAACUCUCAGCAGAAAAAAGUCCAACUAUUCCUUUAAUAAUAAUUAUAAAGAUGAACUGGAGAGGUGCUCUCCCUUUCAUUAGAAAAGUCAAACAACUGAUCAGUAGACACACACACACACACACACACUACACUACAGUCUUAAUGUGGAAGCUUUCACAUUGAAAUGAGUCAAAAUAAGUUUUGAACAACAGACAAACUCUGCGAGACACAAGUCUUUGUUUGACAUUCAGGUUUGGUCUGACAGCCUUCCCUCGUGCAGUAUUAUUCAACCCAAAGUCAUUUUCUUUGUUUACUUUCAAAAAUCGUGGCCUUUUAUUUGAACAAAAAGGUGUUCUCAUGUUUCCCCUUUGCCGGGGUCAUGUCCGAACUUUUCAAUCUUAUAAUCUUGUAAAGAUUUUUACAUAAUGAAGUCUGACGGACUAUAUAAAAAAAUGCCAUGAAACCAUGAUUUUGUUACAAGCAAUUUAUUUUUGUACUUACUGAACAUUUUUAUGCAAUACCACUGAAACAAGUACUAUUGCAAAUUAAAGGCUUUAUUCUCUCCUCAAAGGAGCCCUCCUCAGUCAGUCCUAUGAGACUCUCUCAUGUGUGAUGUCUCAAAGUGCUUUCAGUGUAUGCCUGCGUUUCCCAUUUGAUAUUCCGCCAGUAAUGACGAUGGUAAAUGUUACAAAAACAUGAGUGACAACAGGCAUUUUUGGAGCGGCUUGUACGAUUCAUACUGUAUUUGUACUCCUUAAACACUAGAUUUGAGAAUACUGCCUUUCAUUUUUGGGUUAUUUUUCUUUACUCUGUGACCACUUACAUUAGUCAGAAUCUCAGUUAGCCAUGCAUGGUUGUCAACGUUUUUGCUGUGGCAGAGCAAAGUUGGAUUUCCUGAUAGACUGCUUGAACUAAAAGGUGUGAUCUUCUGUAUGAAUGCUCUUGCCCCUUCUAUUGGUGACCUAUUCAUCCCGGUCUUUCACAUCUCGGGUUUUGCACAUUGAUCCUGUACUUUUGUCAAUCUUGUUCUGCCGGAGGUGUUGAUGUAUAGAAGCAUGUUUCUGGUUUUAUCAAAAUUGAUGUAAAAUGUCCCACGAGAAGCACAGCCACAAGGGUCCAAUCAUCAGUGUCCAAUAUUUUUCUAAUGUAAAAAAAUAUAUAUAUUAUCUCAUCACAGAAUUUAUUAAUAUAUGUAUAUGUGUGAAAAGAUGGAUAUGAUAUAGAAUAAUAUGUGUAUUGCCCAAUCAUAGUUGACCAAUCUUUCAGUGUUGUGUGCAAGAGACUGUGUAUAAUUGUCAUAACUUGUAAGGCUGGAUUCGGACAGGAAGUCUAAUUGAAUAUGUAACUGUGUCCCAGAUAUUCACACAGAGCUAAAAACAGAUCUUGCUUUUGUUCCUGUUUAAAUCCAGUGUGAAUGACUACGAUGAGGUUCACUGUGCACAUCUCCACAGGCGGGCCAUUCAUUUCAAUGGGCAAUCGUUUGUUGCAAUCCAUAUGUUGGGGAAAAUACUAACAAGCAAAAAAUACAGUUUCUCUAUGUGCCACAGUACUCCGAGACAAAAUAUGUAUUAUGAAAUGAAUAAAAUUUGCAAACGUAAAGCUUUCCCUUUUGAAAGAAACUGUUUGUCGUGCGCCUGCAUAUACAAAGUGACGAACAGACAUAAUCACAACAUCCUGGUUUAUUAAUCAAUAUAGAAUGAAUUUUAUGUACAGAUAUCAAGGAACCUAUCAACCAAGGCCUCAUAACAGACACCAGAGAGAAAUACAGGUAAGAGCUAGAGCAGACGAGUUUAUAACCUCAAUCAAGAUUUUAAAAAAUGAAGACACUCUGGAGUUUGUAGAUGAAAGGACUCUUUGUCACGGUAACCAAUCCCUGUCCUCCCCGUCCAGCACUUCCCCGAGGUUCUCCUGGUUCCUGAGGCUGUUGAUCACCAGCCCUAACGUCCUGAGGACAGGCUGCAUCCCUCUGCUGCCCAGAGCCUCCACGCUGCUGUGCCUCUUGCCGAAACGCCCGAUGGGU